CGGCUAAUUGACUUCCACAACCCGAAACGUUUCAUAUUUUUUUUGUCCAAGAGGUAUUCGACAACGUUUUUCGCCUCUAAAUCCUAUCCAAUACCCCGUCACCAAUUUCACUCCAAAGAAAAAUCCUCUCUACAUUUCUAAAAGGAGCCAUAUUUGCGACGAUGGAGCUGGUCAAUCUUCUGGGUUUCGGUUCAUAGGAGAGGCAUUCUGAUUGACAAAUUUUGAUGAAGAAUUUAUAACAUCACUUAUGAGUUUGACAUCUGCAAGCCUCCUCAAAUUUGGUUUGAGUCCUCAAACCAAACUUUCAUAUAGAAAGUCAUUCAUUUCACGAUCAUCAUCUGGGUUUCUUAACAUCAGGGCUGUGCAAGAGAAUGGAGGUCCUCGUAGACUGGUUGACAUCAUAAGGCUUGUGCCAGAUAUCUCUAGGAAUUACUUUCGAAGUCCCUCUCGAAGGGCACUUUUUGGUGGAAUUUCCUUGCUGGGAGGUUUUUAUGUUGCACAAACAAUCUCCCUGUCCUUUGGAGCUUUAGGUGUCAAUGAUGUUAUUGCAGCAGUAUUAUGUGUGCUCCUGACUGAGUAUGUGACAAGGUUUUAUUACAGCCGUCCAAAGGUAACCUUCCCCCUUGCUCUUCUCAACAAUUUCAAGAUGGGUUUCACCUAUGGACUCUUCAUUGAUGCUUUUAAGCUUGCCAGUUGAUUAUAUCCAGUUGUCUUGAUACUUGUGAUGGUCAUUAAUUCGUAGUAUUAAGUUUUUAAACCUCUCAGUGUUCCUAUAAUGUAUAUUUUCUACCAUACCUUUUGCCCUAAUCUUUUGUCACAUCCUCUUUUUCCCGUGUUAUUAUUACCUAUUUAUUUUCUUCCUUCUAAUUUGCUCCAAGUGCCUCUAUGCUUCUUUUUUGUUGCUGUAAGUAUGUAAACUCUCUUCUGUCUACAUGUUGCUGAAGCAAGCAAUCAGACCAAAAUUUUUGAUGUAUUAUCCUAAUUGUUAUGUUGUAAAGCUAUUAACUUGGUGAUCCAGACAUGUCUCUCCCCAUUGUAACUUUUGUACUGAAUUGGAUGUGGCCUUUUGCUUUUUCAUUUACUUACCUGGAGAAACUGCAGUAGUAGUUCUGCAGUUGCUGAUUUGUAUUGGUGCGUGCAAUUCCACAUCCUUUCUUUUCUUGAAACUGUUAAAGAUGAAGCUUAUAUAAAGAUAUAUACCAUUGGAGGCACAAAAUGCUUAUGGACAGUGCCUGCUUAAUAGUUCUAUGAGGUGGUGGUUUCGAAUAAACAUUCCAAUUAGCUUUGCCUGUGCCUAUGAAUAUUGUAAGGUUCCUUUUAAUUAAUCAUGUAUCCCAGUUCCCAAAAGGACAUUUUUCUAUGCCAUGCCCUAUUUAUAACAAUUGUAUACAUGCUAUGACCAACCGUGUUGCAAUAUAUGCUGUUGAUCUUGAGGUAGUCCCUCACUCAAGUCCCUCAUCCUAAUCUUCCCCAAGAGACGAACUUGGAUGGUCAUUGACUGGUCCUUUAGUUACACCGUCUUCUUAAAGGUGCUCGCUCUUUAAUUUCUCAGGCAGCAGUACCUCAGUGAAAGAUUCCAAGAUGGAUUGCAUAUCCUUGUCUCUAAUGGAAGAUGGUGAACUUGAAACAUAGAUACUAAUGGAAGAUGGUGCUCAAAACUGCUUUAUUAGUAUGUAUGUUUCCAUGAAUUGUCUACCAGAAUCAGAAUAUCCGGAAUGCUUGGUUCUUCUUUCAUCCUACUUGGCUGGGUGGGAGAGCUUUUCUGAUCACUUCUUCACUGCUAAGUAGAUAGAAUUGAAAAAGAGAAGGAAAUUUGAUAAUAAAACCAAGAGAGAUAUAAACGAAACCGUUUCUGUAAUAGCCUGUAGCCUGUAGCCUGAAUCGGAGAUAUCAAAUUCGUCAAUCUACUAAGAUGAUUUUUGCAUCUUUUAAAACAAGUUCUUUGGAGUUGUUGCCUCUAAAAAAACCCCAAUUCUAGUUUUGCUGGUAUUAUUUCAAUGGUGGUUUACAUGGUUCAUGAAUUACUGCACAAUCAUUAAACCUGUUUUUUUGUUUUUCAGAAAAAAAAAAAAAAGCAAGAGAAGGGUUUCUCUC